AUGGGAAUGUCAGUACAAAAGAAAUUCCUUUGUGGCUUCGCCUCGUUUGUACUGUUUAUUGGCCUCGUUGGGUUUUUCAUUGGUUUUUUCGCACGUCCAAGUAGCAACAGCGAGAGUUGCUCUGGCGGGAAAAACGGAAAUGAAGAAACAUCCGGGAUGUUAGGCUACGAAAAAGAAUUGUUAAGCCAAGUUUUGGAGCAAAGGAUUCGCUAUUAUCUAGAGUGAGUAUCUUUUUAUAUAAACAUGUUAAAUACGACCAUUUAAGGGUGCGAUGGUUUAUUCACGUCACGGUUGAGCCAAUUUUAACACGGAACGCAACAGCCAUCAUUAUCUUGCAAAUGAUCUGUGUAUAAAUUGGUGAAAUGAGAAAGUCACUAAGGUAAAUAAUUGAUACUAUUCCAGUUAAGAAUUUACUUCUAUGUAGUUCAAAACCUCUCUUUUGAAAAUCGAAAUUCUAGGAAAAAAAAUUAUUGACCCGUUUCUAUAGAAAAGUGUUUUCACAGACGCUGCCUAUUAAAAGGUACCGCGAUGAUUUUUUAAAUUUAGAUUUGUGGAUGAAAACAGUGUAAGUGAGUGAGUGAUCAUUGAUGCCCAAGCGAGCAUAUAUAUUUUAUUGAUUUGAUACUGUUUUUGUACUUUUUUUUCAAUUUCAAUAUAAACACAGAAAGUGCACAAAAAAAGGGGUAUCAGUUUAAAAAAGCAACUUCUUGCAAUCUCAUUCUUGGUCUGAAGAAGCUCUCUUCAAAAAAGAGGUUUGGAGCUGGUAGCGCACUAAUCUCACCUACGCCACCUUUUCGUGCACUCAAUUAACAUCUUCAUGCAUAGUUAUAUUUUAACAAGAAGCUUGACAUAUAAAUGAUUAAAGUAGAGCGAUCAUACACAAGACCAAUAAAGAAAUAAUUCGAGCUGGAAGUCUUUACUCUGGUCUUUUAUCUGUUUAACGUGUUCAGUUUUAAAGACAAUGUGUGCGCAGUUGAUGCUCCCAGACUAUUGAUUAAUUCUUUAUUUCUUUCUGACGACAAACUGUUGAUGUUUUCAGCUUGCCCUCGUGUUUUUACUGCGUCAUUGUUGGCGCGUCUUACAAAAUUGCCCUUACAUUGACAAACAUGAGAUAAAUCUUGCCAAAGCAUCUGCGCAUCUGAGAUUCUAUUUAAGUCUUCAACUUUUUAUCUUUUUCAAUUUAAAUAUAUUGAUUGCGACAAUAAGUUAAAAAGUGUCUGGACUUUUUUGCUUGACAAGAGUCCGGUUUAAGGGAGUCGUUUUUAAGUGAUUGUCUAUUAAUUUACCGCGAACCUAAAAAGAAAGUUCUAACAUGGAUUUGUGGUAAUUGAACUUGUAUGUGGACAUCACGGCAGGUUACUGUUUAAUCUUAAUUACACGGAAAACAAAAUGGUCCAAAACUGGCAAUUUUGAACCAUCUGUCAGCUUUCAUAACAUCAAAGGAACCGUCUUUUUGCAGACCGCUGUAGAUAAAUCAACCUUCUGACUAUCUAGGGGUUAGCAUAAUGGUAUGACUGUUUUAAGAAAUAGCGUUAUUCAUGAACAUCGUGCAUUAAAGCCUUGAGAAUGGGGCACGUAAGUUCAUUAUGAAUAGGAAUGAGAUAUCUUUAUUUCUUCUUUUAUCAGCGGUUUUGAAACGGCCUGAAUAAAAACCAGCUAAAAACAGAUCGAACAUUAAUAGUAAGACCCUACCACGGUUUUUUAAACUUUUGACAUGGACAAGUUAGGGAAAAUCCAUGGACACUACUGGAAAGAGCACCUUAAAAUUACUAAAAUUAGCAAGUUUGAAAGUGAUUUGUGGAAAACUAACAAGGAUAUAGCAUCUCAAAGUCGCAAAAAGUUUGACAGACGUUUGUUUGAUUGGAGACACAAACUAAUUGCCGCCCACCAUACAAACGUCUGCAUCUUCGCUCGCUUAAGACGUAUCACUUUAAUUUAAAUUUUGGCAGUUUUUCUAAUUUCAAGGCUCUCUUUUCAGUGAUGUCAAAGGAUUUUCUCUAACUGGUCCAUGUUAUAAGUUGAAAAAACUGUGGGAGGACCAUUAAUUGCUUCUCGUCAGACUUUAAAUUAUCAUAAGAAUGUUUUCUUUUUUGUCAAAUGCGCGUCUAAUACCGUUUAAAAAUUGAACGGGCAUAGGGAAAAAGCUAUUGCUCAGGCUUCCAUGGGAACGCCCGAGCUAUAAACUGGGUGUAUAGUCGGGCAAGCAUCAAUUCCAGGAGUUAGUAUGCAUAUAGAAUGUUGUUACGUUAUUUCGAUAUAAAAUCCCAUUCAGUAUGUUGCCUUUAAUUUCUUAGCUGAAGCUUUUUCAUUUGGACGUUUUUAAUAUGGAAGCCCGAGCUGAGCUGAUGAGUCUAUAGUCUAAGUGGCAUGAAGUGAGGUUCAGAAAGUAUAUCUUGAAGCCGCGUCAACCAAUUAUGGCUCAGUCGAUUCAGGGAGCUGCCUCAUACCCUUGAAAAUUUGCCUUUUUUCUUUAGGAAGCAGCAAAUACCCAGAUUCAUCCAAAAUCCUUACCAUCCUCACCGUAAUCAGACGCAAGUAUAGUAAAGAAACUAGCAGCAACAAUUAGUGCUUUAUAAAACUGUAAUUAUAUUCGAACCUCCAUGUGCGAUCACCUGUCGUAAGUGACCGCUUCCCAUAAGCCACCACUUAUCCAAAGAAUCAAAUGUUUCCUAGUCACAGUCUUCCAGUUGGAUCCUUUCAUAACGAUCACCUCCUGAAAGCGAUCGCUACCACUUUGGGGGUGGGGGUAGAGGCUAACGGCUUUAUAAAUUUCUAUUGUGUUUAGCCUCUUGUCUGUUGUAUUUUAGCGACCACUAAAAGGCACGGUCUGAUAUCUAUGUUCGUUGUAUGCACUAUCCUGCUCACAGGAUACGAGGAAAUUUCAUUUACAUCAAAGAACUAUAUGUAUCGUAACUUAAAGUAGGUUGAGUCCGAGCCUGUUCUCGGGAGAGAUUCCUGUUUUUCUAUUCCCGUAAGCGACCACCACCGCAUUUUGGAUGCCUCCUUAAAAGAAGUUUGACUGUAUUCCGCCAGAGUUUGAUCGGCGUGAGUUCUGCCGAUAUUUCGGAAGAACGUUGGACCAAUGGCAUUUGAAGUUUACCGAAAGAAUAUUUAGACAGACCUGGAAGAAGAACGUCUUGAUCAUCGAAACUUAACCACAAAAAUCUUUUUUUAUUGCAAUUAAGAUGUAAAUGUACGCUAUGGUAGUAUGCUUAAGUUCUUUUUAAUAUUCUUUACAAGUAGAAAAUAUGCACCGCAUUCAGCAAGGGCAAUUUACUCUCUGAGGCUAAAACUUUGAUAUUAAAAAAAUGUCUUUGAUGAUAAAAAAUCGAAACCAUCAAAAGACGAUUGACAACCAGGAAAAAGGAGUUUAGUGGUAGUGAGGGCUAAUGGGAUCUUGCAAAGAGAAUUUUAUGCAAUAACAAAACGGUCGACAGUGUCCUGCGAUUUUAAUACCGGGGGAAUACAAGUUUCAUUACACACCAUUCCGCCGGCCCUUUUAGGGCCUGUUUACAUGGAGGUGGGGGACCCCAGGUAGGUGAGGUAACCCGCCCGUCCAUAUAAUCUCUCAAUUUAAUUUGGUCGCGUUUACAUGAUAGGUGGGGUGACCUCACCUACCUGGGGUCCCCCACCUCCAUGUUAUUAAGCCCUUAAUCUUGCUUAUCCCAAACGAUCACGAUCAUUCCCAGGCUCACCACAAUUUCUGAAAUAGGUAAUCAUAAACAUCAGCGGACAUAUUUUUUCUUGAUUGCAGAAAGUUUUCCCUCAAAGUGAAUAAGAAUUAGCGUUGUAUAAGUAAUAUUUCCCUGUUCUUUUUUCUCAAUUGCCAGCUAUUUUAAAAACCUGUCAAUCGCUACUGGAACAAAUAGUAGUUGCAGCCAAGCUCAGCACAUCAAGAACGAAUGGAAUUCCUUGGGCCUCAACACUGUAGAGAUAAAGCGCUAUGACGUCUUACGUAUGUAUCCCAAGAGGCCUAGCGAAGUAUCACUGGUUGAUACAACAGGAAGUAUCAAAUAUUCUUCAGCCUUGAUACAGAAGAACAAAGCUUCCAUAUAUGGUGUUGCAGCGAACACUUUACCCUUCAGUGCAUAUUCUACUUCCGGUAUAGCAACUGGCAAACUAAUUUACGUUAAUUAUGGAAGGGAGAAAGACUUCAAACAUUUACAAGCUUUAAACAUUUCUUGUGUGGGAAAAAUUGUUCUUCUUAGAUAUGGCAAGGUCCUUGAGGACACCAAGGUAUUCUUUGUAUCACAUAGUUUAGGGUACAGUUGUUAACAUCCACAAGACAGAGAAAAAAAGACAUUAAAAUAAUACCAUACCACGGGGGCACCUAAUGAAUCUGUUCCUCAAAAUUUCUGUUCUUCAGGCCAAUUUUUGCAGGCUGGGAGAUUUAGAGAAAAUAAAAUGUCCUUUGAAGGAAAGUUUUACUGGGAAAGGGGCCAUUUAGGGUGUCCAAGGGGAUUAAUUUUGGCCUAUGACCACACCCAAACUGACUAGUAAUGUCUGGACAUACGUCUGCUGGAAAACUUCCCAGUAAGUCAGGUUGCAGGUUGUAUCGUUGUAGGUGCACCUUGCUGGCUGGGAGGCUCUUCCAUCAGUCUUGCUGGGAGUGAGGAACAGAUAAAUUUUUCCCAGCAAUCUCCCAAAAUGCUUAAAAUGGCUUCAGAAAGCUUUAUUCAUGCUUUAUUGUUGUUUUUAGGUCUUUUUCUCAAAAUUUCCCGUUGGGAGCCCCUGGACCAUACCACUACCUCAAGGCUUAUUUUAUCUCGUUCCACCAUUUUCCUAUCCAUUAAAAACUGAGUAAACCCCUUUGUUACUUACCUGCAAAUUCCGGCUCAAUUUUCUUCUAUUGUUUGAACUACUUCCCUCACACGCAUAAAGGUUUCCGCUAUCCUUUUCUUCAAUUCCAUAUAAAAAAUUCUUUUAAGAGGUAGAAGGCACAAAUGAAAUUUAAAAAACCAUGGAAUUAAGAUUGUACUUGAAGGGAACAGCCAUCUAAAACUUUUAGCAGUCAAGUAAAUUCUAGGCAAUAUUUGCCUUGCCAAACACUAGAUGCUUUUUGGCGGUGCCCCUGUUCAACUUCAGUCAACAAAAUCUUUCACUCUUUGACUAAAAGGUUGCAAAUGCUUUAAAGUGGAAUGUCAGUGGAGUCUUGUUAUACUUGGAUCCUGCUGAAUAUACAAGUAACACAACCGAUGUUAAUGCAGUCAAGUGGUAUCCCAGCGAGACAGUGCGUAGCGGAGGUUUAUGGGCAAUACCUGGUUACCCAGCCACAGGUGCGUAGAAGAAAAUUAUCAACCAUAUAUUGCUUGCUAGUUUUCACGGUCAUGGCAUCAAAAAUCAAAAUCGAAACGGUCCAGCAGAUAAAGCCUGGAAUGUAGGAGAUGAAAGGAGCUAAAUAUACCCAAAGGCCCUCGCCAAGAUUCAGGUCGGUGCAAAUUUUCAUAUGCAAGAUAUUAGGAGAAAUGAACUUACCAAAUUUAUAUAGCUUUGUAUCGAGACGCCAUGUUAGUGUCCAUCAAAGGGCGUGGUUCCCGCUGACUUUGGUUGUCUUUGUUGACAGUGACUUGUACUCAUAACCAAUAUUUUCGCACUCAAGUAGAGAGGACUCUUGAGUAUUUGUAUUUUCAUCAUGAAAAGAAUUUUGUCCAUACAAGGGAUCGCAAAAUCCCCCAAACUAAGUCACUUUUUAACAAAGUUGACAGCUCUCUCGGCCGCCACCUAAAUGCUGAGCGUCAUGCAAAUUCUAACGAACUCUAUCACAAAACACAGAAUAGUUUCGAUGGUAAACGUUCCCAAGCUAGCUACUCUAAUAGUGCAUAAAAGUAAAACUCAUGAGGAACGAUAAAUCUUUGGUUGGAACUUAGAUGACGUCAUGUGAAAACUACUGAAAACGGAGACCUCUGUGGCCGUCAUUUAGAUUGCGCUGAGGUGUCCUGACUUAGCGGAAAAUGAAGACAAGCGACUAAAAAAAGAUAUUCACCACAUUUAUGGGAUUAUGCAUCCGUCUUUUUUAGGGAUUUAUCUAGAGAAAAUUAAACGUUAUUCAAAUAAAUGUUUAUUUUUGUAGCUGGAAUAUUAAUAGAAUCAGUAGAAAAUGUUUUCUUUUGUAGCUGGAAUAUUAAGAGAAUCAGUUGAAGAUGUUUUACGGUUCCAGAUUCCAGUACAGCCGAUAUCAUGUCAGGAGGCAGAAAAGCUUUUAAGGUAGCAUUCAGUAUAUGCCUUAGCAAUGUAUUUUGCGCACCAAAAACAGCCAUUUAUUUAGGUAUUUCGUGAUCAGACCUGAAGGACUCGGAGAACUCGGAUCCCAGAGAAAAAGCCUUAUCAUCCGUAUUAUUGAUGCGUUAUGUCGUUUUAAGACACCACUCUUAAUUUUGAAGUGAAUGCAUGUGUAAUCAAAUGGUGACGAGUGCCUAAUUUCACUCCUCACAAUUUGAUUACCUAUGAAUGGAGCGUGGCUGAGCGUUUUCACUCACGUGGCCAGCAUCUAAGCUAAUUUAUUGGAACAAAAGAAAGCAUUUACAUGAGAAAAGAGUUCAACUCCCAGAGGAUUUUCUUGGUACACCAAUAUGGCCGCCGUGACGUCAUGUGAAAACGUCAUGUUUUAAAACUUUGCCGCCAUCUCAUGACAUUGAUUCGUACGGAACGUUGCCAUGGUAAUUUCGCAAUUUUACAUGUGAAAUUAUAAAUUAACGCAGAAAUUAAAGGGUAGUUUGUCACCCAGAAUAUUGUGCCAUUUAAUUAUAUCAACGCUUAACUUUGCUGACAAGAUAAGCGGUAUUUCAUUGUAGACUUUUGAACCAGACGGCGGUGCCAAAACCUUGGCAAGGUGGAAUGAACUUUUCAUAUGGAAUACAAAUGGAUUCAAGUGAUAAAAGGUAAUCAUAAGAGAGACUUUUUUGUUACGUCAGUUGGAUUUUAUUGUAAUUGUAAUAAACUGCUUUGUGUAGAAUUUUGCAUUUUGAAAGUAUACCGUCCCGUCCAUGAUUCUUGGGGAAUUAAUUUACCACCUUGCUUAUUCUUCAGUAAAAAAAUGUCUUAACUAUUAUAAUUAUAACUACUUUUUCCGUUUAUAUCUUUUAUGUUCUUUUAAGGUAAAAGCUAUUACCUUAAGUCGUCUCAAGUAGUCCUAGAGAAAUGCUUUAUAAACUAGCAUCUCAAUGCAUUGUGAAGUUGUGGUGAAAAACUCAGAUAGAGAAACUUCGCUGAACACACUCAAGGGGCUUAAAAACAACCAUCUGGGAUAAGGAAGGCCUCUCUGAGAGGGAGCUCUGAAUUUUCCUCCCGAAUAUUUUACAUUUUUUAAAUUUCAUUUCCUUUUUCACUGCAAGCCCCAUUUCUCCUAGCACUAUGUUUACAUAAGAUGAUACAAUAUCCUCAAUAAAUUUCUAGUGUUUAAUGUAAACUAAUAUAAACACUGAUUGGCAGAGACCAUGCACCUUGAUGAUGGUUUUAUCGGCUUCCUUUUUUCGGCAACCUAUUUUCAAAAAACGUCACUCUUACUAUUACCGUCGGUUGACAGUAAUAGAGGUCUUAAGCUCGAUGUGUUAAGCUGUGUUACCUUGCUGAUUAAUUUUGAACUAAACCCUAUCUUUUUAUCCAAUAUAUUUUAUGAAGAAACGUUAGCAUGAACGUAAGUCUUGCUGUUUUUAAGCAAGCGGUUUGCAAUGUGGUGGGAACCAUCAAAGGACUCACAGAACCAGGUGAGAGAAUAAUUGGUUGUUACUAAUAAUAAUAAUAAUAAUAACUUUAAUAGUAACAUCCUCGUGAGGUUUUUCAGGAACUAUUUACAAACUAUUUUCAAUUUAUAAAAGCAAAAAUGACAAUAAAAACUCGAAAUCACAAUUUAUGAUGGUAUUCUACUAAAAUCUAAAGCUUAUAAAGGAAAUGUCUGCCUCAAUAGUGUGUCUUUCAGGGUGCGCUUGAAAGAUGCCAAUGAGGCACUUUGCCUAAGUUCAUUAUGCAAGUUAUUCCAUAUGUAGGCCCCUCUGAAGGAAAAUGUGCGCUGGCCUAUAGCCGUUCUGUAUAGCGGAAUCUGGUUUCUCAAGGCACAUGCUCACAAUGCUCAUACAUAUAAACUCGCGAACCAUUUGAACGAGCAAUUCAUAACUCCGCGUUCUAGCUUCUGACAUUUAAAGGUCAAAACGGAGUCUCUAUAGAAUAAUUGUUUGAUAAUUGUUUAAUUGUACUGACUUCACCAAAAUAAUUUUUAUUAAUGUACUACUUUUAACUGAAGAUAUACGCGGGCUUUCGUAAUAUUUCAAAAGAUACUAAAAGAAGGCUGAUUUCAACUGUGAUUUAUAAUGACAGAUCGUUAUGUUACGCUGGGUGCUUCAAGUUUGUCUGUUGGUGCUGCUCUCCUUAUGGAGGUUGUCCGAGUGUUAAUGUCCAUUAAAAAGAAAGGUACGUCCUUAUCACAUGUUAAACUGUGCUGUGCUGUGCGUUUGUAAUACCCUCUAAUUCAGGUUAUAACAAACGCACUGACCAACUUGUAGCUAGUACAGAGCCGAAAUUUGAUGGUUGGGUAAACCUGACGGCAUUGAGGCAACUAUGGACUUGUUCGUCUUAUGCAAUGAAAUGCAUAUUCAGUAGCGUAAGACGGAAUCAUAGGCCCAGGUUGCAUGAGCCGGAUAGGGUGCUUUUGCGGACUGGCUCACUUUGUUAAAGUCGCGCCACGUUAAUGAAAACGCAACAAAAAUCAACUUGGUGCCUGCCGGGCUGACUUAGUUGUCUUGUUACUGGGAUUUCGGUAUGAUAAUAACGUUAUACCGGUAUAAAAGCCGCCUCGGCAAAGCGAGUAAGGCUCAGCUCAUGUAAUGAUGAAAGGGCCCUCCAAUCGAACUUUGUGGUUAAUCUCUGUCAGUUACCUUUCUUUCGUAUGCGACUCCAUCUAAAACACAUCUUUGGAUUUGCUGUAUAAUUUUUCUAGGAUGGAUGCCCCGGAGAACGAUAAAAAUCUGUCACUGGGGAUCAGGAUAUAUUGGAUCGUUGGAAUGGACCGAGGUACAGCGUUACCGAUCAUCAUCAUCAUUAUUAUUAACUAUUAUCCUGUAAUGGGAGGCCACUCUAUACUUUUCCCUGCAGGCACUGUCUCUGUCACUCGACUCCAAGCAUGUGCUUUUUUUUUCUGCUGAGUAACCAAAACGUUUCGGGUCAAGGUACACAACAGCUUUUUGUAUCUUCCAGUCUAAUUCGCCCAGAAUAUUUCUAAGAUCUUGAAAACAUUACGCUGUACCUUCUAGUAGACUUUCUUCAAUACAUUUGCCCGUUUCCUGGCAAGUUUCAGAAUAGCCGGGAACAGAUGAUGUGUUUUCCUUACACAGUAGAUGAGCAAUAUUUGAGUGGCGUAUUCUUACAUUUGUUCCGUUCAUUUUUAGUCAGCAAUUCGGCUAUUCGCCAUUUUCGUGAGUUCACUCAUGCCAAGACAGCUAGGCUGCCGCGCCGCUGCCCGGAAACGAGAUUGCGAUUGUAUGUUGGCGCAAUUUACCGUCGUGACGAUGGUUUUUGCUCCCGUUCCAAAUUUGGUCAUAGCAUAAGCUAUUGUAGUUACAAAAAGUUACCCGGGUCAUUAAAUCCAAUCAUUAACAACGAAAUAUUGGAAAUCAUCUAAUUGUCCAUUAUAUUUCUCCACUAUAUUGCUGUUUUAUAUUAUGUUGUGAUUAGGAAAACAUGGAUACUGAUAUUAUGUUGAUGUUAACGCCUCCCCGCCCCUGAGAACCUAAGACCCUUUGGGUUUAAUCGUGUAAUUAAAUAUACAUUUAUUUAUGUACUUUCUUUUUCUAUUUUAGGAAUACCAUAAGCUGCUCCAAUUCCGCUCUGUUGCCUAUUUGAACGUGGACAGUUGUGUUCAAGGUACUCCUUAUUUUAUUAGCUUCCCUUAAGGUUUUUAAUAGCUUUUAACUUCUUGGUUUACUUGUUUGUUUACGGUUUUUGUAAAUUGCAGAAAUGUAGCUCCCCGGUCUCCUUAGUUCAAUUUCCACCUUUCCACACGCAACUAAAGGGCAAACAACCAAAUGAAUUUCACCUCUUCCUAACGCAUUCUGUUCACUAAGCAUAGACGGAUGGCACAUGAAUGAUAUCGGCCAAUUUCAAGUCUAAGGUAGACCAACGUACGAUUAGGCCUGCAAGAUGCAAGAGAUCGAGAGCAACACCUGGACUGAUAUAGGAUCGCGACUGAGUUCUGCAAUUCACAAGCAUAACUUAAGAUGCCGAGUGCUAACACGACUUACUGCUUUUCUUUCUGUAGGAAAAGUCGCCCGUCCGAUGAUAAGAUCAAGUCCCCUAUUAGAAGAAACAACUUUUGAAGUCGCAAAAAUGGUAAGCUUACUGUAAUCAUAAUUCGCAGAUAGUUGACGUCAAAGUCCUCACAACUCAAAAUCAUGAUUUAUAGAAACUAGGAAAAUUUAACGUAAUUGUACACUCUCUGAUUUUUUUCUUCCAUGUCAGCCAGUUUUGAGGACAUGCUAGCUUUAGUCAGUUAAACGAUACUUAUUUGACUUGUAUUGAAGGUCAGACUGUCAGAAGGUCAAAGGACGUUGUAUGACGAAAUCAAGAAAACAAAAUUCGAUAAAAGGUUUGUUCUUUUUACGUUGUAAUGAUCAUAAAAUGAAUACCGGCUACUCAGCACCUGGCAUGGAGAAUCCUGGUAUGACAAACUAUCUAGAGAGCAGGUGGGAGACAUGAAGGUAAAAAAAAAUUAUUAUUGGGGAGGGGCUGAACUAAGAACCAGUAUAGUAGGGAUAUUUAAUUUUCAAGUGGGGAUUUUGGAUAGUAGGGAUAGUUCUUGCAGUCUGAUUGAACUUGCUGGUUCUUGUUCAGUGAUUCUUCGCAGCUGGAGGACAAAUGAUGCUUGUUUUUCCUCGGCCCCCUUUUUUCCUUCUCGAUUAAUGUUAUAGUUUUCUGUCCUUCUCUCUUCUUUUCCCCAGUAAUACCGUUUUUCCUUCUCAGUAUGAUGGCUUUACCCUCUGCCACUCAAUGUAUUGUUUUUCACUUUCUUCUGUCUCCUCUCCCUCCUCCAACUCAUUUCUUUACAAUUUUAAAAUCAAUGCAUAAGAAGAAUUUUUGCUAAACUGCGUAAAAAAGGAUGUUCAUGAAAUUUAUUCGUAAUAUACUCGGAAAAGAUGAAUGUAUGGAUUUCAUGUAUUCGUCUUUUUACAUCAAUUUGAAGAAAGCCAGUUGCCCUACCAUAUAACUACAAGGGAGACCCUUUCAUUUUCACUUGAUAACUAUUAUUGUUCAUAGUAAACGAUACUUUACUAAGCAGCAUUAAGGCCCAAGUUAAGUUAUUGAUCUGAACUAAUCAAUUGUAGCAAGGAAAUGAUUUAACUCUUUUGCUCAAAAACUGUCCGUUUUUUUUUUUUUUUUUUUUUCUACACACCUUCAUUAAGCCCUAAGAAGGGCCAAAACAGAGUGAAGAUGAUUUAGCUACAGACAGUUUUGCCGAAUAUAAAAGAUUUAUAAUCUAAAUAGUACAAACGUGCUUCUUCACAGGCUGAAAAAGUAUCAGUUAGCAUGUUACUCACAGCUUUUUGCCUAAAUUUAUAAUAGCUAGCCGUCAUUUGGUUUUGUUUCGCAGCUUUUUGUCUCAGGCUGGGGGUGACAGUGGCUGUUUCACGUUUACUAAUAUUGGUGUACCAUGCACCUGCCUAACUGGCUACCACCCUUACAAUGUAAGUUCAACUUCUGUAUUCAGUGGAAACAAAUGGAAACACGAACUAAGAACUGACCCAUCUCUAGUCUAUUAUCAUGCAUUUACUCAAGUGGUUGCAGAGCUCUUAGACUAAAUGCAAAGCGGGCAGGGUUUUGUUGAUAAUGGGUUAGUUAUAGAACGAAACAGUAUGGAAAUUUGGAGAGAGCUGGACCAGUUGAUGUUCCCAUUGCUUCAGGUGUGCCCUAAGGCUGUGUAGCACUCUUUUAGCGACUUCCUUCUGACAACGUUAGGUUUUCUUCUGGUUUACAUGUACCUUGUGCAAAUGUCACCCUUCUUUCCUGUCUCAAAAAGAUAGUCACUCGGGAAAAAAACAACAACAAGAAGAAACCUCUGACCCUCAACAAGAGCGAAGAAAGAGAGAAACAUGAGAGCAAUGGUCUGUUUUAUAAGUUACAGCGAUUUCAAACCUAUCUUCAUCCCUCGCCUGUUAUUUUAUUACGAUACCAUUCUAAAUUGGCAAAAAUAUGUUGAACCCAAUUCGAUUGCAUGACCGAAAAUUACUUUGAAAAUGGUGAACUAAACUGCUCUACAGCGUAAAUUGAAAUACUAUCUUUACAUAGCAUAUUUCUGUUCUGCAUUACGUCAUAAAAGUUACCUUACACUUCCUUUAUGUUGCAUCGCCUCGGAGAUUCAUUCUGCCUUGGAACUUUCGCUCACGGUUUUGUUAUCCUGUCGCCUCGCAGCCUCGCGAAGACGCAAGGCUGCUUGUUGGCUAAAAUAUGGAUAUUAUGGGGGGUCGGACAGUUUUGUGAUCAUAUACCAGCCAUAAACUUGGUUAAUAACCGCAUAUUUUUUCAAGUAACAAGUUGAUAUAUUUUACAAGCAAAAAGUUUUUCCCGAUUUCAAGACGCUUUGAAUUUAAUAGUCUUCUCUCUACUAACAGGUCUCAACCAACUAUUACGCGGCGCUCGCCAAACUUUGGCUGCAGAUGACCUUCAAUAUCGCAGGCUCGAUGUUUAUUCCUUAUGACGUGGUUCGUUACGCAGACACCUUGUGUGCUUUCGUAAAAAACCUGUCGACAACUUACAAUGGCACUUUGAGAGUAAAUAAUAUUACACUGGGUAUGUUUUGUUGAACUCAGUUACUUUUAAGGUAUACGAACAUAUUUUGAGAACAAACUAUAAAUCAAAACUCCUCGUUCUUUUUUUAUUAUUAUUAUUAUUAUUAAUGUAACUUUUUAUUGAGGAUGUUUUUUUUCAUCCCCAAAUUUCAAAUCCAUCUAUUUAUGACGUCUUUUCUACAGAGGUUUUAUUGAAAGCUGCUGAGGUUUUCCAGGCUGCAGCAAAAACAUAUCAGAAAUGCUUACAUACAGUGGACAAGACAAAGUAAGAACCAGUAUGGGCUGAAGUAUGAAAAACACGAUUAUUGUAAAAGACAGAGAUCUGUUUUAUUGUCCACAUUUUAAUGAAAAAAUUAUAUACAUUUUCCGGAACGUUUAACCUUUGGGCAAUGAAAUUUAUGGGAAAACGUAGUUCAACUCAGUUCGGUUUAUUACUAAAGGGGGCUUUCGACAAGCGAGUAAUUAUGUUAAGGAAACAACAAAAGGAUGUAGUGGAUAGGGUAGGAUUGUUGUUGUUGUUGUUGUUUAGUAGUAGUAGUUGUAGUUCUGAAGAAUUAUAUUUCCCCGCUACUUGAUAUAGGAAAUGUUUUUAGAACAGAAAUAUCUCAAUAAAAUAAACUCCUACAUGUUUUCAUCAUUUGUAGUGUUUUACAAGUGCGAGUGGCAAAUGAUCACCUUCUUCAGUUGGAGAAAGCAUUUAUAAGUAAGGGAAUGUUUCCUGGCAUGCCAUUCGUUGGGUGAGUACUAUGUCUACUCCUUUUUUUGAUAACGUUAUCGCCAGAUGGACCUUUGGAGUCCAACAGUUUUUUUCGGCCGAAAACUAUCUCCAAAGUAGCUAUUAUAAAAACUAAGAGUGCAACCAUUGUUUUUUUUUUUUUCUUCUCUUCUUUUUCUUCUAGUCGCUCCUUUUUUUUUUUCGUUACUAUGAUUUUGGAGCUUCUUGGGCUCAAGAAACGUGCCUUUUGACCCUUUUUCACACAAAUGGCGGCAAAUUUCGUUAGGUUGGUUUUCAAAAAAUCGGUUAGAUAUAGAUGCUGAAUGUUUAAUUUCGCCUAAAGAAGAUAGACUUCGAAAAUGACAGGGUCAUAGUGUCUAUUCUAUAUUACGAUCUGCAAAAUCUUUAUCGUCUCGUGCUUUCUAUGGCCUAAGAAAGUUUCAGUUGAGUUUUGGACUCCGCACAGUUAUAUAUAUAACCCAGAAAAUAAACUUCUGUUUUGCUGACAUAUAAGUUAGCCAUAAUGACCUCAUAGGCGGGUUGGGGGCAAGAAAACGAGGGGGCGGCCAAACCUCAAUAAACGUGUUUGUAGCGAGAAACUUUGAACUCACAUGUCCAGAGGGCAUCACAUAUUUUUUGGUCGGGCAAUAUUAGGGCACCAAAGAUUCCAACGUACGCCUAAUUACAGUAAUCUGAUGUUAAAACCAGGGCGGAUAAAGGUUGGGCGGUGAAACGAGCGCGUCCGAGCAAAAAGGUGUGAUGCAGUAGACUGGGACUCUGCUUAGAAAUGUCGCUUGUUUUCGACUUCGGUCAGGGCUUGCGAUAUGAUGUGGUUUGUAGAUUAGACACUGCCGCUGUCACUGGAUUAUGGCGGCUUGAAUUGUUUUCUUGCACUUCUUCCUCGUUCCUUUGUGCUGGUACGCUGUCUCCGAGAGGCAAAUGUUGCUAUUUUUGCGGGAGGUUUAGUUGUAAUAUAUCAAACAUGAGACGCAGUGUUUCAUCACCAGAUGAAACACCCAGAAGAGAGUUGAAAAUACGACGCGCAGCGGAGUAUUUUUGACGAACUUCGAGGUGUUUCAUCUGGUGAUGAAACACUGUGUCGAAUGUUUGAUAUUUCUUCUCAAACAAAAUCAUUUUUGAAGGAGAAAUUAAGUAUGCAAAACUGAGCAGUUUUUCAUCUGAUAUCAAAACACUCAUUAAACAUUAAUUUCCUUUGAAUUUUCUUUAUGAAUUAUUAGUGAGUUUGAGAAGGAGUAGACAAACAUCUCUUUCAAAGGGUUUCUUUUAUUACUUCCAUGACUCUACCACUGAAUUAUAUUCUCGUUCUGCUACUCGCCAAUGUCGAUGUUAUUCCAAAACAAAAACAACUAAGUACUGUCUAAAACACGAAGGAAAAUCUCAUCCAUGGCAAAACUAAAAGACAGCAGAUCGUGUUUCAUAACUAGAUGACGUUUAUUUUAUAAAUGAGUGCAGCUCGUGCAAGGUGAAAUUAUGCUAAUUUCAAUCACCAUCAUGCUUCUUUUUAAUUUUGAAAAAAACAUCUCAGACGUUUUUCUGUUUCUUCAAAACUUCAAAAUUAGUUUCCCCUCAGUUUUUUUCGGUUUACCUUGUUUUGUUUUAGAGAGAAAAACGUAGAAAAAACCUUACAACUAACCUCAAUAAAUUUUGUUUACAUGCGGUUGCUGGAUUUGCAACGCAUUGCGCGAAUCGCCAUGGCGCGUUGAACCCGAGAAGCAAAGUUUAAAGAAGUAAAACGCCACUAUAUCAAUAUAUAUCAAUCUAAUUUUUUGCUAUGUUAUAUAAAAUUUAUCCUCCUUUAACAUAUGUAAAAAUUGAGGUUAAGAAGUGUUAAGCUUUUGCAAACGAAACGGCAAAAGACGAUUAGGUGAUAUUUAGUGGAAGGAGGAGGUAUUCAACACUUUCAAAUUAAACUCAAAUUUUGGCAUUAUACGACCAACAAGUUUGACUUAUGGACGUACAGACACAAACAUAUGAAACUGCUUAUUGAUAUUGUUAUGAAACGAAUUUAUCUAUUUAACAUUGUAACCUGAAAUUACAGAAAGAAAAUAGGAUUUCCGGUUUGCAAAAAGGAAAAUUUCGCCGGCCUUGAAGCGCACCGGAAGGGCGGAAAGAGCGCUCGUGCCAGUCCUACUCCGCAUCACACAUUAAAUGAAGAGCGGAGCGCUCGUUUCACCGCCCAACCUUUAUCCGCCCUGGUUAAAACGCUCAGUGUUCUGACUCUUAAGGACUUAUAUACUAGGAGUCUGAUAAAAAAAAUCAAACAUAUAUUUCAUAACAAUAAUAAUAAUAAUUUAUAAUAAUAAGGGCAUAAAUUUCGGUUUUUCUUGUGUUUUUUUUUUUUAGACACGUGAUACUUGCGCCGAGUUAUUUCACUGCGGCGACGGAUAACACUUUUCCAGGCAUCAUAGAUUCCAUUCGCGUUGCUCAAGAAAGUGGCAUUAAAAAUGACUGGGAGAAAGUCCAACAGCAAAUAUCAGUUGUAGCACAUGCCUUCCGUACAGCUGUUUCAUUUUUACAACCUCCGGAUAUUUAAACAAUGCCAAAGCUACAUUUGAUCACAGUCAACAAAGGAGCAUGAAUUUCCCAGUCAUACUAUGCUGACAAAUUUUGUGGCAGAAAUAGACAGCUUGUGGCAUAUUUAGCUGUGUCAAAAGUAUGUUAUCACGACUGAAGUCGUUUUGCAAGAAAAAAGAGUUACAAUGGUGCAAACACUGUCACACAUUUGUGUGCUGUACUACCGCCAGCCAAGAUAGCCGUGGUUAAAAGGGUUCAAGGUUAAACGUCUUUUAUUUGUAUACUUUUCACGUCAUGCGUGCAAAAUUGCAACAUUAUCUAGAAAAAAGACCAGAAUCCAGGAAAACACGAGCCUAUAAAGUAAUACGCGAUAAUAUUCUAGACGAAGGAC